AUGUCUGCAGGCGACAAUGAAUACGAUGAACUUCUCAACAAUUUGACCAAUCCCAUGAAUUACAUGCAGGGAGGAGGCUUCGGGAUGGGUCUUCCUACUUCUUCUUCUGCAUCAGCAAGUACUCCCAUGCCUUAUACUCCAACUCCUCAAACACCAAUGGUUUCAACGCCAAUGAUUCAUACACCUGUACAUACACCUCUGCAUACACCACUUCCUACUGGCUCGUUUGUUCCACCUUUUAAUCCAAUGGGAAUGAAUGCUCCUCCAACGACACCUUAUGCUGGUAAUUUACCUACAGUGGCCUCGACACCAUUACCACCUUCAAGUUCUGUGGUUGGUCCUCCAACAACAACUCCCAUCACGAUUCACGAGAAUGAACAUGGCAUUGUUCCAAUCAUACAAAAUGUUGUGUCAACCGUAAAUCUCGGAUGUGAAUUGAAAUUAAAGCAAAUUGCACUUCAUGCAAGAAAUGCAGAAUACAAUCCAAAGCGUUUUGCUGCCGUGAUUAUGCGUAUCAGAGAGCCAAAGACCACAGCUCUCAUUUUCGCGAGCGGUAAGAUGGUCGUUACUGGUGCAAAAUCAGAAGACGAGUCCAGAUUAGCAGCUAGAAAGUAUGCUCGUAUCAUUCAAAAGUUAGGAUUUAAUGCAAAAUUCACAGAAUUCAAAAUUCAAAACAUUGUUGGAAGUUGUGAUGUUGGUUUUCCAAUUCGUCUUGAGGGUCUGAAUUGUCAACACCACAACUAUGCAAGUUACGAACCAGAAAUUUUCCCUGGCCUCAUUUACAGAAUGGUUGAUCCAAAAGUUGUUCUUUUAAUUUUCGUGUCCGGCAAAAUUGUGCUUACUGGAGCCAAGCACAGAGACAUCAUUUAUCAAGCAUUCAAUAAUAUUUAUCCUGUCUUGAAGGACUUUAAGAAGGACGACAAUAUUCAACCAAAGGCCACCACCGAUGAGCAAUAA